CCGUUAGCCCAUUCGGUAACAAAUUUUAAAUAAGGAUAAAUAAUCAGUUUUAAAUUUUCUGUUUUUGGGAGAAGGAAAGAACCUAGCAGCUGCAGUUCCUUGAUUUUUUCGCUAAACCGAGGUGUGACAGUAUUCUGAGUGAUACUGGGAUCUUCGGCGUGCAGCAUGGCGGACCGUCGCCUGCUGGCCUACGGACUGCUCGUCAACGUCUUCUUUUUGCUGUCCAUUCGCGAUCUGUUGGCGCAUUCCAAGCCUGACAAUCCCGAACCCACAGCCAAAGACGUCCCGCAGCCCAAAAUCAUGCAAAUGCGCAGUGGACCCGCGCUGAAGUUUUUGUAUUGUUACUCGUGAGGGUACCGGAAAGUGUACGAGCAGUACCGCUCGGCACUCGCUGAACGUUAUCCGGAUUUGAACAUCGAAGGAGCCAACUACGAUCCCGCACUGUGGCGCGUCCAACUGGCCACCGUGUUAAGCUAUGCUAAACUGGCCUUUAUUCUGAUUGUCGCUCUCGGCUAUAAUCCAUUCACUGGCUUCGGCACGCAAACUCCCAGAUUUUUCCAGUGGGCCAUGUCCAAUAAGGUUUACGCGUGCCUUAUGGCUUGGUUUUUGACCGGAAUGUUUGAGAAUUCUCUGCUAAGCACCGGUGCAUUCGAAAUUUCUUUUAAUGAUGUGCCGAUCUGGUCCAAGCUGGAGAGCGGUCGUGUGCCGGAAUUCCACGAAGUCUUGGGCAUGGUGUCGCAGCAAUUAAGUCCGUCGUUUAACAAAUAAGCUCCUCCGAUUACAACCGGGAUUAUCCGUCUUUGAUGCUCCUCACUCUAGUCCACAAGAUUCGGGAUAGCUGUGUAUGAAGGCGAGGGCUAAAAGCGCUCAGCGCACGCCCCUGCUGGAUGAUAAUGCUCUCCUGGAAAUAUGGAUCUAGAUACAUAAUACGUUACGUGGGUCACAUCAGAAGUAGGGUAUUCUCUUGUUUUAAUUUUAUUUUGGCCGUCGCUGGAUUUUUGAUUUUCCCCACAAGUUUUUCUCGUCUGCGUUCCACUCAGCUUCAGUUUUGGCUGCUUUUUGAUGUUGUUUCGUCGGAAUAGUUAAUGCUGGUCAAUAAACUUGUUGUAUGUCUA